CAGAGAGAACCCGAUACCCCGAGGGCCUGCCGCCAAACGACCGGCCCAGAAUAGUGCCACCCCGCCGCAGCCCGUCGCGCAUUUGCUAACAGACUAGAGCUGGCCACAUGGAGCCCGAGCUGGAGCACACACUGCCUGGGACCCUGACCUGGAGCCACAGUGGGGGUCCAGAGAGCCAAGAGAUGGACUUCUUAGAACCAGAAGAAAACUCAUGGCCAUCGCCAACUGUGGCCACCAGCUCAGAGAGAACCUGUGCUAUACGGGGAGUCAAAGCUUCCAGAUGGACGAGACAGGAGGCCGUAGAGGAAGCAGAGCCACCAGGUUUGGGAGAAGGUGCCCAGUCUGGACCAGCUGCUGAGUCCACCAGGCAGAAGGCCACAUUCCCAAAGGCCACACCCUUGGCUCAAGCUGUUCCCUUGGCUGACGCGGAGACCUCCACCACAGGGUGGGACCUGUUCUUGCCCGACUGUGCAGCCUCAGCAGUGGGCUCCAGCACAGGUGACCUGGAGCUGACCAUAGAGUUCCCAGGCCCAGAGGUCUGGGACUGUGAGCUCAAAGGCCUGGAGCAGGACAGGCCUCGGCCUUGCCCCUCCCCGCAGGCUCCACUUCUCAGCCUGAGUUGGGACGAUGAGCUUCAGAAACCUGGAGCCCAGAUCUAUAUGCACUUCAUGCAAGAGCACACCUGUUAUGAUGCCAUGGCCACCAGCUCUAAACUGGUCAUCUUUGACACCACACUGGAGAUAAAGAAAGCUUUCUUUGCCAUGGUGGCCAACGGUGUGAGGGCAGCCCCUCUGUGGGACAGCAAGAAGCAGAGCUUUGUGGGCAUGCUCACCAUCACGGACUUCAUCCUGGUGCUGCACCGUUACUACAGAUCUCCCCUGGUCCAGAUCUAUGAGAUUGAAGAACACAAGAUUGAGACCUGGAGGGGUUUUUCUGCAGAGAUCUACCUACAAGGUUGCUUCAAGCCUCUGGUCUCCAUCUCUCCAAAUGACAGUCUAUUUGAAGCUGUCUAUGCCCUCAUCAAGAACCGAAUCCACCGCCUGCCGGUCCUGGACCCUGUCUCUGGCACUGUGCUCUACAUACUCACACACAAGAGGCUACUCAAGUUCCUGCAUAUAUUUGGUGCCCUGUUGCCCCGGCCCUCCUUCCUCUGCCGCACUAUCCAAGACUUGGGCAUCGGCACAUUCCGAGAUUUAGCUGUAGUUCUGGAAACAGCUCCUAUCCUGACUGCGCUGGACAUCUUUGUGGACCGACGAGUGUCUGCACUGCCUGUGGUCAAUGAAUCUGGUCAAGUCGUGGGCCUCUACUCCCGCUUUGAUGUCAUUCACUUGGCUGCACAACAAACUUACAACCACCUAGACAUGAGUGUGGGAGAAGCUCUGAGGCAGAGGACACUGUGUCUGGAGGGCGUUCUCUCCUGCCAGCCUCACGAGAGCCUAGGUGAAGUCAUUGACAGGAUUGCACGGGAACAGGUGCAUAGGCUGGUGUUGGUGGAUGAGACCCAGCAUCUUCUGGGUGUGGUCUCCCUCUCUGACAUACUUCAAGCGCUGGUACUCAGCCCUGCUGGCAUCGAUGCCCUCAGUGCCUGAGACCUGAGUCCUCAUACCCAAGCCAUCUUCUUCACCUGAAAACCAAUGAAAGGACCUUGGAACCUGAAGGGGAAUUGGCUUUCAUCUUCUCUCAACCCCAUCUGCUGGUUCUGCUCUGGUACAGGCUCUCCAGCCCUCCUAAUUGCCCCUGCUAUAACCUAUACUCCCAGAAGCCUUCGGGCAUGCCCGGUGCACCAGGACAGUGAAAGAGCAAUGGAGUCAGACCUGCAAGUCCCUGAACCAGAGACCCUGCAAUCAGUCUUGGAUCAUCUGUGUGCCCUGUCCCUACUCACUCCUUUCCCUGCUCCUGGGUCAGGGUUGAGCUCAGUGGGACAGUGAGCCUGCAAGCCUAUGGAUUUAGAUGGGGGCCUGAAAGGCUUGGUUUCUGGACCAUGUACACUCAGGUUCCCAGCUCCUGGGAGCCUUGGCUGUUCUUUCCCUGUGGGAGCUACUAUUGUGUCACCACCAUCCACAAGCCUACUCCCAUGGCACUCCCAAGAUGCUUGAGGCCAACACUGAACAGCCCUGGAGUCUAGAGCUGUCUGCUGGAGUGGGUGCUCCUGAUACUGUUACAUGGGCUGGGGGGUGCGGGGGAGGCUCCUCAGCCAUCACCAAUGAGCAUUGUUCCAUCCCCUUGGUCUCUUCCCACUAGACUGAGGGUCUUGUAUUCAGAUCCUUAAUGAACAAUCAAGAAAAAAGAAACAAAGGAGCGAGCCACAGUCUUGGAGGCCAUAGGCUUGCUCCACUGCUACAGUCAUUGAGGUGAACGUGUGCCAAUCUCCGUAUGUCUCCUGAAUUCAAAGACUUGAAGGAAAAUCUGCAAGUGGCAAAAGCUGCAAGUGGCCUUUCUUUUGUGCAUCGAAUGUUAUUCUGCCAACAGUUUUUUUUAAUCUUUGAUUUGUAACAAAAUGAUAAGAAGAGUGUUUAUUAAUUAAUUGUUCACAUAGUAGGUGAAACCCAGUCUACAAAUGGGAGUCUGCAGGAAACAUCGCUGAUCCUGUAACACUGGAUGUAAUUUCUGCCAUGACACCCAUUCACCAGGUAGAAAGAAAUUAAUCUCAGUCAAUUUUGGGUCUCUUCAUCUGCCUUUACCUUCCCCUGUGACGACCUGGGCCCUCAGAUCCAGGGGUCCAAUGCAGAGAGAGUGGAUUCG